AUGUUCUUGAACAGGUCGAGGAACGGAUGGUUGGUAUCAUUCGCGGCUAUUGUGUAUGCGCUAUUUCUAGUGGCGCUGCCGCUCACUUCGCAGUCCAAAUCUUCAAGCGUGUUUGCCAGAGCUGCUGAUGACGCAGAAAGCUACGGAACAGUGAUUGGUAUCGACCUUGGUACUACAUAUUCGUGUGUUGCCGUGAUGAAAAACGGUAAGACCGAGAUCUUGGCCAAUGAGCAAGGUAACAGAAUCACCCCAUCAUAUGUGUCGUUCACGGACGACGAGAGAUUGAUCGGUGACGCCGCUAAGAACCAGGUUGCCGCUAACCCUCUAAACACUAUUUUCGACAUCAAGAGACUGAUCGGAUUGAAAUACAACGACAAAUCUGUCCAGAGAGAUAUCAAGCAUUUGCCAUUCAAGGUGGUCAACAAGAACAACAGACCAAAUGUACAGGUCACGGUGAAGGGUGAAGAAAAGACCUUCAGUCCUGAGGAGAUCUCUGCCAUGAUUUUGGGUAAGAUGAGACAGAUUGCCGAGGACUAUCUAGGAAAGAAGGUGACCCACGCCGUGGUUACCGUGCCUGCAUACUUCAACGAUGCCCAAAGACAAGCCACUAAGGACGCUGGUACCAUCGCUGGUUUGAACAUUCUAAGAAUUGUCAACGAGCCAACCGCCGCUGCCAUUGCAUACGGUCUCGACAAGACCAGCGAGGAGCACCAGAUCAUCGUAUAUGACUUGGGUGGUGGUACUUUCGAUGUCUCCCUGCUUUCUAUCGAGGGUGGCGUUUUCGAGGUACAAGCAACCGCUGGUGACACUCACUUGGGUGGUGAGGACUUCGACUACAAAUUGGUUCGUCACUUUGCCCAGCUUUUCAAGAAGAAGCAUGGCAUUGAUGUUACCAACAACAACAAAGCCAUGGCUAAGCUAAAGAGAGAGGCUGAAAAAGCCAAGCGUUCUUUGUCGAGUCAAAUGGUUACUCGUAUCGAAAUCGACUCCUUUGUUGAUGGUAUUGACUUCAGCGAGUCAUUGACCAGAGCCAAGUUCGAGGAAAUGAACUUGGACCUCUUCAAGAGAACCCUGAAGCCUGUCGAGAAGGUUUUGGCUGACGCCGGUGUCAACAAGGAGGACAUUGACGACAUCGUUUUGGUCGGUGGCUCUACCAGAAUCCCUAAGGUCCAAUCUCUUCUUGAAUCUUUCUUCAACGGCAAAAAAGCGUCUAAGGGUAUUAACCCAGAUGAAGCUGUUGCUUGGGGUGCCGCUGUUCAAGCAGGUGUCUUAUCUGGUGAGGAAAGCGUCGAAGACAUCGUUCUUUUGGACGUUAACGCUUUGACCUUGGGUAUUGAAACCACUGGUGGUGUCAUGACCCCGCUGAUCAAGAGAAACACUGCCAUUCCUACCAAGAAGUCUCAAAUUUUCUCUACUGCUGUGGACAACCAGCCUACUGUCAUGAUUCAAGUUUACGAAGGUGAGAGGGCUAUGGCUAAGGACAACAACAGAUUGGGCCAAUUUGAGCUCACAGGCAUCCCAUCUGCUCCAAGAGGUGUUCCUCAAAUUGAGGUGACAUUUGCCUUGGAUGCUAACGGUAUCCUGAAGGUUUCCGCCACCGACAAGGGCACAGGCAAGUCUAACUCUAUCACCAUUACAAAUGACAAGGGUAGAUUGAGCCAGGAGCAGAUCGAAAAGAUGGUCGAGGAUGCUGAAAAGUUCGCCUCCGAGGAUGCUGAAGUUAGGGCCAAGAUCGAGGCUCGCAACCAGCUAGAAAACUACGCCCACUCCUUGAAGAACCAAGUAAACGGUGAGCUGGCUGAUAAGUUCGAAGAGGACGACAAAGAGACUCUGCUUGAUGCCGUGAACGACGUUCUGGAGUGGAUGGAGGACAACUCGGACUCAGCUGCCGCUGAAGACUUCAAAGAAAAGUUUGAAUCGUUAUCGCAGGUUGCUUACCCAAUUACCUCUAAGCUGUACGGUAGCGCUGGUGCGACCGGUCAAGAGGAUAUGGAUGACGAAGACGAUGAUGACUACUUUGACCACGACGAAUUGUAG